AUGGCUUCUCUUUGCGCUUCUUCUGCCAUCGCCGCCAUUUCUUCUCCAAGUUUCUUGGGAGGGAAGAAACUGAGGCUGAAGAAGAAGUUGAGUGUUCCAGCUGUUUCAAGGUCAGAUGCGUCGGUGCGCGCCGUCGCAGCAGAUCCGGAGAGACCAAUCUGGUUCCCCGGAAGCACUCCUCCGGAGUGGCUCGACGGCAGCCUUCCCGGUGACUUCGGAUUUGAUCCUCUUGGUCUUUCAUCUGACCCGGAUAGUCUGAAAUGGAACGCGCAAGCAGAGCUGGUCCACUGCCGGUGGGCAAUGCUAGGCGCCGCCGGUAUAUUUAUCCCGGAGUUUCUAACGAAGAUCGGGAUCCUCAACACUCCGUCGUGGUACACGGCCGGAGAGCAAGAGUAUUUCACGGACAAGACCACACUCUUCGUCGUGGAGCUCAUCUUGAUCGGAUGGGCCGAAGGACGUAGAUGGGCCGACAUCAUCAAGCCAGGUAGCGUCAACACUGACCCAAUCUUCCCGAACAACAAGCUGACGGGGACAGACGUGGGAUACCCGGGAGGGUUAUGGUUCGACCCGUUGGGUUGGGGAUCGGGUAGCCCGGCAAAGAUCAAGGAGUUGAGAACCAAAGAGAUCAAGAACGGAAGGUUGGCUAUGUUGGCAGUGAUGGGUGCUUGGUUCCAACACAUCUACACUGGCACUGGUCCUAUUGAUAACCUUUUUGCACAUCUUGCUGAUCCUGGUCACGCCACUAUCUUCGCUGCUUUCACACCCAAGUGA